AUGUCCUCUUGUAGCCAAUUGCUAGUCUUUCUCUUCGCAGCCUAUUACGUUCUCAUCGCCACUUCUUCCCCAAUAGGAGAUCCAAGAGUCAAGUCAUCAACAACUUUGAUCCAAAAUGUAUGCUCUAAAACUCAUAACCUUAACCUUUGUAAUGAUAUAUUGAAUUCUGAUCCUCGAAGUGCACACGCCGAUCUGAAAGGCCUUGUCCAAAUACUCAUCGAUAAGACAUAUGCUAAGGGGAAUUUUGCAUUAACUGUGAUCGCGUCUCUUUACAAAAACGCAAACAACACCGAGACUAAAGAUCAACUGCAUUUGUGUGUUAUAUCUUACAAGAGUGCAAUGAACAAUCUCAAUAAGGCGAAUGCAGCUCUAAAGUCUGGUAAUAGAGAAAUUAUUAGUGAUAUAACAUCUGUUAUAGAUGGAGCUGAGUCAUGUGACGAUGUAUACGACGGUCCACCGGUCAUUCCUCCUAAGCUUGAACAAGCUAACAAGAACUUUGAAGAUAUUGCUAACAUUAUUUUCUCAAUAUUAUUUUCUCAAUUAGUAAACUUCUGUGAAUGA